UCUCCUUCUCGUGGCUCCAAUUUUGUUUUUCUUUCGGAAGCCAUUUUUUUUCUUCUUCUCUUUCUCUCGCGAAAAGUAUCUUAGGAAGCCCCGCGCAAUCUAGUUUAGUCAACGACCAGUGCCACCUCCUGCACCGCAUGCUCCCUUCCUGUGUACUUGUACCGGCUUCGGUUCUUCCGCCCGCCGCCGGUUGUUGCCGAGAUGAGAUCGCAGCUCCACGCCGCCGCCUCCUCGCAGCCGGCCUCAGCCCUCCGGGCUCCGCCUCCAGCUCUCCUCAGGUUCUAUGCGUUCCCGGGCAGGUUCCGCGUCAGUGGUGGUGGCGGCGGCUUGGGGGUUCGCUGCUCGGCUAGCCAUCUCCCCAGCGGCAGCAACCGAGGACGAGCAGGAGUGUUUGAUUCAGCGAAGAGGCCAGGCGAAAAGGGAAUUAGGUCUAGUGUGGAAACGCCGACCCCUUCACGGGCAGAGAAUGGUGUAAGCCUUCCUGCUAAGGGAAACUACAGCACGGUGACUAUGCUAAGCAUCACAUUCUGCCUUCUAUACCGAAUUGUUGUAGGCCAGAUGCAGUUCAUAAUGAACUUGCUCCCUCAGAUGUCACACACUAUUACAAGUUUGCCAUUUGCUUGUAUAUCUGAUCCUGUCAGAAAACCUGUUCCUCUUAAUCUAGAUGUUACUUUCCCACCACUGCCUGAUGUCAAAUGGAGUAUUUCACGCUUGUACUAUCUGUUCAAUACACAGCUUGACCGAAACAUUGCCUUGUCGAUCAUCACUUUGCUCGUCACCUGUUUUUCUAUUGUCUUUGUAGGAGGAUUGCUGUUUCAUAAGUUCAGAAAAAAAGAACAACCUCUGGAGGAGUGCUUAUGGGAAGCUUGGGCAUGUCUAUGUUCAUCAUCUACUCAUCUAAGACAAAAGACACGUAUUGAACGUGUCAUCGGAUUCUGUCUUGCUAUCUGGGGUAUAUUGUUCUACUCUCGUUUGUUAAGCGCCAUGACAGAACAAUUUAGAAACCAAAUGCAUAAGGUAAGGGAAGGGGCACAGUUGCAAGUCCUUGAGGAUGAUCAUAUCAUUAUCUGUGGAGUCAAUAGUCAUCUAACGUCCAUACUGAAUCAGUUGAAUAAGUUCCAGGAAUCAGCAAUCCGCUUAGGCACUGCAACAGCAAGCCCAUUGUUUUGUUUGAACGUGUCAAGAAAGCAGAGAAUUCUCCUUCUCUCAGAACUUCCCAGAAAGCAUAUUGAGAAGUUUGGGGACAGCAUAUCCAAAGAUUUAAACCAUGUUGAUGUCUUCACCAAGAGUUGUAGCCUCAGCUUGACAAAAUCAUUUGAAAGAGCAGCAGCAAACAAAGCAAAGUCUAUAAUCAUCUUACCAGCGAAAAAUGAACGAUAUGAAGUGGAUACAGAUGCAUUUCUUUCUUUAUUGGCACUUCAAUCUCUUCCACAAAUUGCAUCGGUUCCUACAAUUGUUGAGGCUUCUAACUCGACCACCAUCGAACUUCUAAAAUCAAUCACAGGCUUAAAUGUGCAGCCUGUGGAGAUGGUUGCUUCUAAGCUGUUUGUGCAGUGCUCUAGGCAAAAGGGCCUUCUUAAAAUCUACAGACACUUGCUUAAUUCCCGCAAAAAUGUCUUCAACCUUUUCAGCAUUCCUGAAGUAGGAGGCCUGAAGUUCAAGGACGUGAGACGUAAAACCCAAGAUGCAGUUGUUUGCGGUAUCUUUCGAUCCGGAGGGAUACACUUCCACCCAAGUGAGGAUGAAUUGCUGAAGGAAACAGAUAAAUUGCUUCUUAUUGCUCCUGUCUGUGGUAGGACAAAACCACAAUAUACAGUUCUAAAUGUACCAGUAGGAACACAAAAUUCAGGUUAUUACUCAGACUCAAAAGAGGGUCGAAGAUCUUCUAAUGUGUCUACCGAAAUGAAUGAAACACGGAUAAAGAACAUUGCGAAGCGCCCCUCAAAAUCGCUCUCUAAGAGCAGCGAAUGUAUGCUGGGACCAAGGGAAUGCAUACUUAUUGUUGGUUGGCGUCCAAAAAUUACUGAUAUGAUUCGAGAAUAUGAUAAUUACCUUGGACCUGGGAGUGUAUUGGAAAUAUUGUCAGAAACCCCUAUUACCGAGCGGACAAGUGUUGUCAAUCCCCUUAUGCAGAGCCAACUAAAAAAUAUUAAAGUUACUCAUAAGGUGGGAUGUCCUAUGAACUAUGAUAGUUUGAAGGAAGCGAUUAUUAAUAUUAGUAAAUCUGCAAAGUGUAACAAAAAUGUUCCCCUUUCAAUUGUUGUAAUAUCUGACAGAGAAUGGCUCAUUGGAGAUACUGUACAGACUGAUAAGCAAUUGGCGUAUACCCUUCUCCUUGCUGAAAACAUUUGCCAGAAAAAUGACAUAAUGGUUCAGAAUCUUGUAUCAGAAAUUGUGGACACAGGACUGGGAAAGCAAAUAUCAAGAAUAAGACCCUCCCUUUCAUUUAUUGGAGCAGAGGAAGUAAUGAGCCUUGUGACUGCACAGGUUGCGGAAUGUAGCGAGCUGAACGGAGUAUGGAAGGAUAUUCUGGAUGCCGAAGGAGAUGAGAUCUAUAUUAAGGAAAUAGGACUGUACAUGAAGGAAGGAGAGAAAAUAUCAUUCUCUGAGCUUUCUGAAAGGGCAGUUUUGCGUCGUGAAGUUGCAAUCGGUUAUGUCAAGGACCAGAAGCAGCAUAUAAAUCCCACGAACAAGUUGGAGCCACUCUCUUUUGAAAGGACGGAUUCACUCAUCGUGAUAUCUGAGUUUGAAGGUAAAUAAUCACUGGCGAGGGACAGUAAAAAUUCCACAUGACCUUUUCAGCUCGCCGUUUCUUCCGAAUUUUUGGCAGCUCUUCCUGCUCAAUGAGAUGACAUGUAGCCUGUUAAUAAUUGCUCUACUGUUUGAGUUCAGAGCGAUAAGAAAGGUUAUUUGCUCAAAUAUUCCUUUCCUCCAUAGCUGUAGAACUUUUUGGGCCAUUUUUUAUUUGGUUCGUUGUUGCUCAACUGCAACUUGUACUAUGCAGCAACCUUGAGUAAACAAAGGAAAAAAACAAGGUUAUUGAGUAUGGACCUUGCUCUUGUGCUCUGACUAUUGAAUAGCAGUGUCAGUGUGACGGGAAAAUUCUUAAGUUCUUCAGCUUUAGCGUCAUCUACCUAACCAGGAGGGGAUUAUGUGAGAAUGAGAAAAUUGAUGGCAAAUGCUAAUGGGCAGAUUGGUAAAACUAAAGGUUUGACGACUCCCAGAACAACAGAGUACCGUUGCCACUGAUUGCUUGAUAUGUAAAUGGUACAUCAUCCCUCGACCAUGCUAACAAUACAUCUUUUAGCCAUAUAUCUUAAAUCACAACAGCUGUUACAUUACAUGAAAAAUGAAGGAAUGAUAUUGUAAGAUGAGAUCAA